AGCAAGAAGAACGGCAGAUGCGAUGAAGGUAAAGUGUCGCUGAUUUUAACCUCUGUUCUUAGAGAAGAGCUUGAUGACGUAGAGUCACUUUGGCCUGCUGGAGACCCAACUGGCAUGAAGAUACAGCUCCAAGGUAAUUAUGGAUCUGAUCAACUCUACUGAUCACCUGACCAAUGGCUCUACAAACAGCACAUACUUUCCAGUUCCUCCAUCAAAAAUAAUCAUUGCCCUUCCUUUGUUUGUGUCAUUUAUAAUUGGCACCAUCACCAAUGGCCUCUAUCUAUGGGUGCUAAAUUUCAAGAUGAAAAAGACUGUCAAUACUCUCUUAUUUUUUCAUCUCAUUCUCUCAUAUUUUAUUUCAACAUUGAUUCUGCCAUUUAUAGCCACCUCCCAGCUUCAGAACAAUCACUGGACCUUUGGAACUGCCUUGUGCAAGGUCUUCAAUAGCACUUUGACUCUGGGGAUGUUUUCCUCUGUUUUCUUCCUCUCCGCCAUCAGUCUUGAUCGUUAUCUGCUCAUUCUUCACCCUGUGUGGUCCCAGCAGCACCGAACCCCACGCUGGGCUUCUGGCAUUGCGGUGGGGGUCUGGAUCUCUGCCACUGCCCUCAGCAUCCCCUAUUUGGUGUUCAGGGAGACACAUUAUGACCAAAAAGGGAAGUUGGUCUGUGAAAAUAACUAUGUUGUGUCUAUUAACUGGAAAAACAAGGAGAUGCAAACUCUAAGUCAAUGGAUUCAUACAGCCUGUUUCAUCAUCCGCUUCUUGAUCGGCUUCCUUCUGCCUUUCUUCAUCAUCACCUUUUGUUACCAAAGAGUAGCCAGCACGAUGAAAGAGAAGGGCCUGUUUAAAUCCAGCAAGCCCUUUAAAGUCAUGAUGACGGCCAUCAUCUCUUUCUUUGUGUGUUGGAUGCCCUACCAUGUAUACCAGGGCUUAAUUCUCACUAAGAACCAAUCACUGAUUUUGGAGUUGACUAUGAUACUUACAGCACUAACCAUUUCCUUCAAUACUGUCUUUACUCCCACACUCUUCUUAUUUAUUGGGGAGAAUUUCAAAAAGGUUUUUAAGAAGUCCAUUCUUGCUCUGUUCGAGUCAGCAUUUAAUGAGGAUUCUUCUGUAGAAAGAACACAUUACGUAAAUUCAGGAGCCUUAAUUUAAAUUCUAGAGCCUUAGGCAAACAAAGACUGUCAAUUACACCACUAUAGAUA